GUGUAUUGUGGGUAGAGUUCUGUUGCCACCGGGUUGUUGUGGUUGGGUUCAUUGCUGCUGGCGCUGAAAGGACGCGGACAAAAUGCCCGAGCGAGAUAGCGAGCCGUUUUCCAAUCCUUUGGCCCCAGAUGGCCACGAUGUGGACGAUCCUCACUCCUUCCACCAAUCUAAGCUCACCAAUGAAGACUUUAGAAAACUUCUCAUGACCCCAAGGGCUGCACCUACUUCUGCACCACCCUCUAAAUCACGUCAUCAUGAGAUGCCAAGGGAGUAUAAUGAGGAUGAAGAUCCAGCUGCAAGGAGGAGAAAAAAGAAAAGUUAUUAUGCAAAGCUCCGUCAGCAAGAAAUUGAGAGAGAGAGAGAGCUAGCAGAGAAGUACCGGGACCGGGCCAAGGAACGGAGAGAUGGAGUGAACAAAGAUUAUGAGGAAACUGAGCUCAUCAGCACCACAGCAAAUUACAGGGCUGUGGGCCCUACUGCUGAGGCGGACAAAUCAGCUGCUGAGAAAAGAAGACAGUUGAUCCAGGAGUCCAAAUUCUUGGGUGGUGACAUGGAACACACCCAUUUGGUGAAAGGCUUGGAUUUUGCCCUCCUUCAAAAGGUACGAGCUGAGAUUGCCAGCAAGGAGAAAGAAGAGGAAGAACUAAUGGAAAAGCCUCAGAAGGAAACCAAGAAAGAUGAAGAUCCUGAGAACAAAAUUGAAUUUAAAACACGUUUAGGCCGUAAUGUUUACCGAAUGCUCUUUAAGAGCAAAGCCUAUGAGAGGAAUGAGCUGUUCCUGCCGGGCCGCAUGGCUUAUGUGGUGGACCUAGAUGAUGAGUAUGCAGACACAGAUAUCCCCACCACUCUUAUCCGAAGCAAGGCUGAUUGCCCCACCAUGGAGGCCCAGACCACACUGACAACAAAUGACAUUGUCAUCAGCAAGCUCACACAAAUCCUCUCCUACUUGAGGCAGGGCACUCGUAACAAGAAGCUCAAGAAGAAAGAUAAAGGGAAGCUGGAAGAGAAGAAACCUCCCGAGGCUGACAUGAAUAUAUUUGAAGACAUUGGAGACUACGUACCUUCCACAACCAAGACACCACGGGACAAAGAGCGGGAGAGAUAUCGAGAACGGGAACGUGAUCGUGAAAGGGACAGAGAUCGUGACAGAGAGCGGGAGCGAGAACGAGAGCGGGAGCGAGAACGGGAGCGAGACCGUGAGAGAGAGGAGGAAAAGAAGAGACAUAGCUACUUUGAAAAGCCAAAAGUGGAUGAUGAGCCCAUGGAUGUUGACAAAGGGCCUGGAUCUGCCAAGGAUUUAAUCAAGUCCAUCAAUGAAAAGUUUUCUGGGUCCACUGGCUGGGAAGGCACCGAAUCGCUGAAGAAGCCAGAGGACAAGAAGCAGCUUGGAGAUUUCUUUGGGAUGUCCAACAGUUAUGCUGAAUGCUACCCAGCCACAAUGGAUGACAUGGCUGUGGACAGUGAUGAGGAAGUGGAUUACAGCAAAAUGGACCAGGGUAACAAGAAGGGCCCUUUAGGCCGCUGGGACUUUGACACCCAGGAGGAAUACAGUGAAUAUAUGAACAACAAAGAGGCUUUGCCCAAAGCUGCAUUCCAGUAUGGCAUCAAGAUGUCAGAAGGGCGAAAGACUAGGCGCUUUAAGGAAACAAAUGACAAGGCAGAACUUGAUCGUCAGUGGAAGAAGAUUAGUGCAAUCAUUGAGAAGAGGAAGAAAAUGGAAGCUGAUGGGGUUGAGGUCAAAAGACCAAAAUAUUAAUCUCCAGUGUCUUGUAAAAAGAAUAUUUACAAACAAGGAUGUAUGUCCUAUUACUCUUUCUUCAGUUUCCAGAAGAGUAGAGGUGGUUGUUUUUUUGUUUUGUUUUGUUUUUGUGAAUGUUUGUAAACUCUUACUGUGUAAUUAUUUGGAUCCAUUAAAAUUGGUUAACUUGGGACACAAGUGGUGAAGUACAUGCCUUGAGUGUGAGGCCCUAGGGCCAAUCCCUGAUUUCACAUUGCCAUCUUUCCCCUAGCACUUCUGAUAGUGGCCCUAAUGGAACUCUGAACAUCUCCAGGAGUAGUAAAUAAAGUAAAUAA